CGACAACGAUCAGGACUACUUCUCGAAAAACCGAGACCGUUCGUUUCAAAUCACGAUUCGGGAAGACGAUCCGGCAACUACAAGCCGAUCGGCCUCCUCUAACCUUCUGAAACCAAUGCGCAAGCACGAGCAGAUUUUUGACUUCAAUCUCAGCGCUGCGAAUCCGCGACUACGAAAUUUUGUAAACUUUCCAGCAGUAAACCCUGACGGGAAGGAGCAUGACAGGAAUUACAACUCGGACAACGACGGAGAGGAUGACCCCUUCAUGGAAGACACGACGCUCGACGUUCCCAGCUCUUUUGCAACGAUGAAGAAGAUGAAGAAGUCCGUCAGGUUUUCCGUGGACACAAAAUUCCGUACCUACGACGGCGAAAAGCAAAAAUCCGAUUGGCUGUUAGAAGACGCCUUUGCGGAUUUGGAAGAAUUGCAGAACACAUUUCGGAAGAUCGAGCCGACACUGAACAACAAUAACCGGCGCACGGUAGUUGUUCGCGAUCCUGUAAAGAAUGGAACGACGAACGAUGAAGGGGUGAGUGUAGGUGCUGUUAGAGCGAACGAAAUCGCAAUGCAACCAGGUCGUGAAGAGGCCCUCCUCGCGACCACUGCGGGUAGAAGUAGACAGACACACGAAGAAGGCAGCAGCAAAGCUAGUGCCUCCAGCGUGGUACGACCAAGCGGAACAACGCUGGCCGCUGCUUCAGGCGUACAACUACCGCUGCAUCGGUCGGAGCUAUUGCGAAGGUUCUUCCCUCCAGCAUUCUUACGUGUAGCUGGGCGGGGUAAUGGAAUAAAUGGAAAUGGUGGAAAUCGCAUUUUUCAUCACACCGCGGAACAGCAGGCCAAGAUGAAUAUGAUCUUCUUCGAGCAACUUCUUUUCUCCAUCCGCGUCGAACACAAAACGCAGAAGGAUUUCGGCAUCGUGUACUCGCUUGUGAUAUGCAUUGCAAAUAUGUCUGGGUCUGGAAGAUUGUCAGAUUUGUCAUGCAGGUUUUCUGUAACCCAUGAGGUCUGGAAUGUAGGACAUAUCAUGACAGAUUCUGCGAGACCGUUCGAAUGCCUAUCCUGCAUGAGAAACUGCCUCUCGAUUACGUCAAAAGUGCACAACUUUUGACACUCAUGCAACACAGAUUUUUGCAUGAUUCGGAUUUAGGUUUAGCAUGACAAUUUGCAAUCUUCCAGACACAGACAUUUUUGCAAUCCAUAUGUGAACAAAAACUCCGCCGACCAAUCUGGGAACAAGAACAGCAACUCCAGAAUCCAAAGCAGUGUCUUCCCCCUGCUCCAAAAACACGGCCUGAAUUUCGUCGUGUUUAAGAAAUGCAGCUUCGGUCCGGGGAAUUUGCUCACGGCAGCGAUGCUCAGCGGUGGAAGUUGUACUACGAAGAUGAUGAAUAAUUCGCCCUCCUGCCACUUUUUACCCGCUGGUGGACAAAGCUACAAUUUUUAUCCUUCUGCUUCAUCUUCCAUCCACACCGACGCGAUUCUGAAUUUCCUCCUCGACAGCCCGACAUUUUUCCUGAACCGCUACGAACUGAGUCUCACGGAAAAGAUCCGCGCGUAUGGACUCUUGCUGGUCUCAGCCGCGUACAGCGGGGUUUCUGUCUCUGCUCUGGUUUGUCUGCUGGACAAGCUGUUGGCGAUUUGUGCGGAACAAGGGUUAGUCUCUUUGGGCCGCAGGAGGACUGCGGUGGCGCUGCAGGUCGUGGUUGCAGAGGGUCUUCGACAAGAUCGUGGUGUCCUUCUCGAGGACCAGGGCGUUGUCGUGGCAUCAAGUAGCGAUCAGCAAUUGCAGCUGUCGCGGAACACGCACAUCCUGCCGCGCCAGGGCACGCUCGAGCUCCCUCGGGAUAACCACACUGCGAAGGCGCAAUCCGGCUCUCAUACAUCAAGGCCGCCAGAUGUUGGCGUAGAGGAGGGUCCCCAGCAGCAAGAAGAACCCCUUCAUCUCAACGCGGAGAAAGCUCGCAGUCCCUUGGCGACAGCGGUGCAGAAAGUGCUGUUCGCGACGUACCACACCGCCAGGAUCCGGGGCAACACUCACAUUUGCAGGCAGUUGUUGCAGCAAUUCGCGCGAAUCCCGAUGCUGGCGAAGGAUGUGUACAGGAGACCGCAUUUGCUGCACGUCAAGAGACCGGAAAGGAGUAGAGCGAGCGCUGCUGGUGCGUCAUCCUCGAGCUGGAAAUUCGGAUUUGACUUCGAAGGAGAAGGCUCUUAUGCUGAUCAACAUCUGGACGUGGGCAGCCAAGGUGGAGCAAUGGGAGGAACCUCCACAGCUGCUGGUAUUAACAGAACAAAGAGUAGUUCUAUUCUUGGCGGUAACCCCAGCACGACGACGCUCCGGUCUCACGGGAUCACUUCUGGCGAUCGACUCACACGGCUGAUGGUGCUGCGAAAUAAAGACGAAAAUUUAACGGCAGGGAACAAUCGAAGAACUGCUGCGUACAGUGAAGCAAAAUCAUUCUUCCCCAAGACAGGAACGGAUCCCACAUCAAAUCCCAAGAAUACAACUGUUGACACCGGCCACGUGAAAUCCUUCACGGAAGCCGCUGACAUGCUCGUGUUGCAGAAGUGCCCCAAUCUGACGUUGGAAUUCGACACCAGACCGGUCGAAAGUAGCGGUUUUGUUGACGCGGUUGUGGGAAACGACGUGGAGUGGGUCGUCGGCUUGCUGUGGAACUGUUUUGCGGUGGACAUGAUGACUACUACACCUUCAUGUGCGUCAGAAGAAUCUACUACUUCACGUGUCGUCGACAAUCCCUCUCAACUGAGCCUCUUCCAAUCCCUCUACCUCCCGAGCUGGUCGAGUUUGGAAACGGAUCUGCAGUCGGAGACCCGGAAAAUCAGAGUGAAGCAGGAAAUCAGCACCACGGAAUUGAACAUUUGGAUGAUCGCGCUGCGGCACUACGAUUUGAAUCAAUUUUCGAAUGAAACAAUUUUCAGCGAGUUUUGGGACGGGUACGAUACGGAAAUUGGGCUGCGGGAGAUGGUAAUGAGCCAGCACUUUCAGUGGAUGAAUGGUAGUAGAACUGCGCCCGAACUUCUGCAUCAAACACGAUCGCCAUCUACACGAGCUUCGUGGAACCAGUUUCAGCACAACAGCUUUAUGAAGAGCAGCUUGGAGUACGCAAUCUCGUGGAAAGAGACGACGAGCACGAGCAGGGGAUUAUCUGGUGCAACAGCAACUGCGGAUCAUGACACCAGCAACGGAUCAACAUCUUCAUCGGGAAACAAUUUUCAUGAUUUAUCGUCCGACAUAAAGAAAACGGCUGAUGACAGCGACCUUGACUGGCUGUCAGAAGGAGAGUCGUCGACGGACGAAGAGGAGUCGUCUGCUACGUCGUCGAGUGCGUCCGGGUCGGAAGCAGAAGCGGAACACCCGGAAGAUCAAAAAGUAGCGGAGCCAAAACAACACGAGGACAACGGGGGUUCUCUAGCAACUGCAGUAGAGUUGUCCGACAGAAGUGCGAGCGCAGCAACGUCGCAGCAGCCAAAGCAACAGUCGAAGUCCGAGUCAAAGAACACGAAAUUAUUUGAGCGAAGAACUCCGCGGCGCAUCUCAUCUUCGAGUGAAACUUCCGGAACUCCGCCACUGAUUUGCAAGCCAGUUGCCAACCGUGGCACUCCGACAAUAAAAACACAGGAGGAAAAUCAUCAAAACAGCGUGACUCAAGCAGCUGAAAACAAGGCAAAAAUUAAAAUCGACCCUGUCCCCCAUGCCGUGAAAACGCUCCUCCACACGGACAUCUACCCACAGCUGGCGACUCAAGACCGACAGAACAAGCGAAAGCAGCUGUUGACGAUCCUGUUGGAACAGCUUUUGUUCGGCCCGGUGUGCUGUCUGUUGAUGAAAAACAAACACGAAGAACGGGAAAAGGAAGAACAGGAGAAACAGGUUGAAUUGGAGAUCGAGAAGCGGUGCAAGGAGAAAGUUGCGGCGUUGACGAAAAAGCAGUGGCACGAGCCGCCACCGUUUGUGGACUGUGGGCGGUGCGGGUGGGGCAUGCCCAGUGAGGAGCUGUUGGUGGCGUUGAAGGUCGAGCGGCCGAUAUGCAAGAAAAACACUGUGUAAAGUGUAAAUUCGUGUUGCAGAAGAUGCAACAGAGUUACACCUGUUAUGCCAGACAGCCAUGAAGUCCUCUUUUCAUGUGUGUUUUCCCUUUACAAACCAUGCAUAACAGGUUUUCUCUGUCAUGUAGAGCAAAUUUGUGAUGCUGUUCCUCAAAGAAAGUUACACGUACACACUCUUGUUCCUGCAUAGCCGAAGGAGGAGGUGGAAGAGGUGGUCGAAGUGCCGUUCUGGGAGAGAAAGCAGCGAAUCUGGAAAUUCAAAAGACCGGGCAAUGUAAGCUGCAACUUUUUGAAUUCUUUUUUUUUCUUUCAAAAUCUUCAGAAAAGCAAUGUAUAUCUUGAUCUUCGUAUCUGAAUCUUUCGAUUAGUCGUGCUAAGCAACAUGUGUUGUGGUCCGUGCAUGAUCUUUAUUGCGACGUGGCUCGUCUUAUUGUUUGCUUUUAUUUCGAAAACGACCCAGGUUCCUUUCCUCCGUAUUCCGGACCCGCCGCUGGAGCCCUACACACUGAUUAUCGCUCCGAAAAUCCUCUCGGACUCGGAAUCUUCCACGACCUCAGAUGAGGAUUCCUCCACGUCGGACGAUGCGUCAAAGAAAAGCAAGUUUCUCGAUCCGGCAAAAGUGACAAAAACGGCGGAUCGCUGGAACGCUGAAAUGCAGAAGUUGAAAGAAAAAAGGCGCCGAAAACUACAGAAGUACCGGAACGACACCCGGUUUCAGUUGGUGGAGGUGCACGCAAAUACCGCGGAGAUUCUCUCGGCCGACCUGCAGAAGUGGAUCGGGGUCGAGAAAAUUGUCGUGCAAGAUCCCAAUGCUGGGUUAUUCCUCGAAGAAGGUGAUGAAGCUAGUAUUCUUCACAACAGUAAGAAGAACUCCACUUCCAAAGCCGGCGGCGGGACCACAGACCAGCAGCAAAACACCAUCUUGUUAAAGCCCAUGAGCGUGGACGACUGCGUGUUCAGCGAUAGUGACGAGGAGUUUCAAAAAGACGCCCUGGCGAAGCUCCUGCAGUCCGGCGCCAGGCGGGCGGAAGGGAUGGUGUUGCCGAGAAACUUGAACGCGAACCAGAAACGGCGGUUUGAAUUUGACCAUGCUGUGGGUGGAGCCAGUGCCACAACGGAUUUUGCGGUGGACAAGAAAGUGAAUCCUGAUGGACCACGAAACGACAGGAAGACCGCGACAACUUCCGGCACCGCACCCAGUACAACAACCACCGCCGGCGAGGAUCAGGAAAAAUCGCAAAAGAAGAGCGUCGGAGCAGGCGGAGCUGCAAUUCCCGAUGUUGUCCUUGAGAAACAGGCGAAGAUCGCGGUCUCUGCAAAUACCAAGUCGGUCCUAUCCGAAGAGCUCCAGGCGAAACUUGGGCUGGUAGACGGGCCGGCGGUGGUGCAGGCAGCAGGGCUAGCGCUGCUGCCGGUCGAGGAGGACGAAAAAAGUACUAAUGCAGAUGGUGAAAUGAAAAAAUCAUCUUCAAAAGCCGCAGACGACCUGGCUGCCGUCGCUGAGGAGCAGGGGAGUAAGCAAGCGGUGAAGAAUCUGCUGCCUGCCGCAAAGUUGAAAUCCAAGCUGGAUCGGAGGAAAACGGCCGCCUUCGGAGACGCUCAAGAGCAAAAAUCCACAGGUGAUGUUCUUGCGCAGAAGAACACGAUUAACGGAAGAAAUAGUCAAAAAUCCGUAAAUAAUUACACCGUCGGACAAAAUAAGAGCAGAACAACCACAUCAAGCACCUGUUCAUCCUCCUCCCCCCACCAAAACCCGGACUGCCACGCGCUGUGGAUCGAGACCCUAGCGCAGGUCGACCUCCAGUCGGGCAAGAAUGUGUUGAUGCUCGCGAUCGAAAAGAACGUGCACGCGAACGUGGUGGAAUUGUUGCUGAAAGCGUGCGCACUCAACCCGCAGGUGCUGCACGACGUGCUGCGACACCGGGAUCACCUGCACGAGACCUGCAUUCAGAAGGCAAACCGGCUGGGACGGAAAGACGUGCUAAUGCUGUUGAAAAGGCACUUUAAGGUUUGAUGGAAUCUCAAUCUGGUAGCGAAUCUGCUUCUGCAAGUGUUUCAAAGAUAGACAUAAGAAUUUGUUUCCCAUCUUUUCAUUUUCUGUAUCUAAUCGCUUUCCGUUUUCUGUAUCUGAUACACGCAUUUCGUUUUGGUAUGUCACACCAAUGAAUCGUAACUGAUUCGUUGCUUCUAAAUAAUGUACACUAGUAAUUCUAAAUUAGCGCUACCUAGGAACAUGAGAAUAAUGAAAAUUGAUAUGCACAUGUACUUCUUGUCGACUUCGACUUCCUGUAACUGUAUGAUUGUCCCCGAUGAGAAUUCAAACAAGCUUACCUAAGCAAAUUUCUACGUAAUAUCAUUCAAUUCGACGACAGCAAUCGAUUUUUCUCCAAAUCCAACUUAACACAAAGAUAAAGAAUACCACAACGAUAUGACGUACGAUAUUCCUAGAACCUUUUACCAGAUAGAUUAGGAGGAAGCUCAAGCUUGUUUCCCGCCGCGAUGUUGCGAGGAGAGGAAUGACUCGACCUUGUGCAUUGACGAUGAAUGAUGCACAGCAUUGACUGAGAUGUGG